UUAGCAUGCAUCAGUCGCUGUAGAGAGAAUCGUCUGGACGAGUUUGCUCAUUAGCGGUGUACAGCUGGUGAAAAUGGACCUAGUAUCGUGGAUUUCUUUUCUGUCGCACAUGUGCAGGCGACUUGAUGGGGUGCAAACUAUUGUGCAGUGAGGUUAUCAGUGCUGAAAAAAUUUUGUUAUUGUGCAUUUUAUACUAACGUGAUGUCCUUUUUCACGCUUGGAUUUUUCAACAUGGCGUCUGGACGCAGAGAAAACAUGAUGAGAACCUUGUUCUGUUUGCAUCUUUCUGUGAUGUUCUUCUGUAAUCAUAUUUGUGCUUCUCAAGAGGAGGAUACUAAGUGGGUUGAUGAACAUGUGGAUGAUUCAAGGAAAAUAAAAUUACGGAAUCUUGACGAAACGACAGAUCGUCGGACGUUGGAUUUGGAUGAUGGUUAUGUGACUGACAACAGACAGGACCCUGUCAAUCCAGAAAUGCUGGGGGGCAUUAUUAUUCAGCAUGAAUCUCAGAAACUAUCAGCGCGUUUAAGAUGGCUUAGCAACGAUGAAAUAGGAAUAACAAAUAUGCAGGCUAUAUAUGAUUCCCUUCCAUAUGUUAAAAAAGAAACAGAUGAAAAAAGUAAAAUACAAGAAAUUACUGGGAGGUUGCAGUUACGAUUUCGUAAUUAUUUGCAAGUUCUGCGAACAAAUAAAAUUACAGUCGAAAAUCUACACAAAUUUCAUGUGAAGCAACCAAUUACUCAGCAGCAUGACUGCUGUAAUAUUCCUUGCAAGGAAUUUAAAUCAGAAAAACUGUAUGGAUGUAAGAUUUCUCGACAGACAAGUUGUGAUCUGGUACCACCAAGCAUACCACGGGGCUCUUUCAACCCUGGUCGAAACUUGACAGAAGUGUGGCGCAGUAAUGUUCAGUACUUCCCUAGCCUCAAAUGGCAGUACUUCAUCUCCGUGCUAGGACUGCACAACGAGUACCCGGCCAGCAGCUUCCGGUUGCUCGGCGACUGCCACACGUCGUAUGCACCAAGAAGUCGCCAUAGCUGCAACAACAUACACGACUCCAGGCACAGGGAUGUCUUCCUGGCAACCAUUCAACCCCAGCGGAAACAUGUAGUCAUCAUGAUGGACCAUGGCAACUCCAUGAGCAUCACACAGCUGCGCACAGCCAAGGCAAUAGCCAAGCAUCUGAUUGCCUCGUUUUCUGAUAACGACAGAAUUGGUGUGGUAGGCCUGUCUUCUAAGCCACUAUACCCUCUAUCAGAUCCAUGCUUGCCUCAUGCGCUAGUGCCUGCUACUUUUGAGACACGAAUCUACUUCAGCAAAUUCAUUGAUAGUCUGGAAAAGCAAGACACAACAACUAACCAUUCGUUGGGAUUCCAGACAGCAUUUGGGAUGAUUGAAGAUGCUUUACUGGAUGGCCAGGAGCUAGCAGACUAUGCCAUGAUCCUGUAUGUAAGUCGUGGACUGCUGUCGUCACUAACAGAUGCUAGGGAAGUCAUGGAUGUUGUGUCUCGGUACAAUGCUCGCACUGGCCACAAAGUUAUUAUCAACACUUACGCUGUCAUAGAUGAUGGCAAACCUAUCAUGUAUGAGAAGAGCUUUAUGCAAGACAUUGCCUACCAGAAUUUUGCAAAAUAUGAAGUCCCGUACCAUUUGAAGAUACCUGUUGUGCGUGGUAUCAUGAUGGCCAUCAAUUCCACACAAGACCUGAGCUCCAGCGUUGGUCGAUUCUACCUGCCACUGAAUCGUACAGCCCAGGAGGAUCCUGUUUUCUCACUGCCAUAUAUUGACGAAGCAGAUGGAGCAUUGACAAUCAGUAUUAGUCAGCCAUGUUUCCACCGAUCAGUUGGACAGCCAGAAAAAGUUCAGCUGAUUGGUAUGGUGGGUGUAGACCUACACAUGGAGGAUAUUGCACAGGAUAUCACCUACUACAAUAACGAUGACCAGUCCUAUGCCUUUCUUAUCUCAACACAAGGAUAUGCCAUCAUGCAUCCAGCCUUUGAACGUCCAAUACGCACAAACAUGCAGCCCAUGCACACAGAUAUCCGCCACUUUGAGCAGCACAAUGGCUUUGAAGCUGUUCGUUCUGCCAUAUUAAGUCGGGAGGAAGGGCGCAUUACACUGCUGCUGGACAUCCACAAUCAUACAGCCCCUGAUGGUCAGAUAGUGCUUGUGGAAAUUGUGGCCAAGUACAUUUGGAAAAAGGUAGACAGUGUGCCAUACAUUGUGGUACUGAAGUCAUACCAGACAGCUCAGGAACAGCGAAUACUCAAAAACAUUCAUAUGCACAAUCAGCCAGAAUUGGUCUACCACCGGGUAGAUUUGCUGCCUCAUGAGAAGAUGUGCAUGCAUCUCAAACAGCUUUCCAUCCUGGAGGUCAGCACAGUGUUCCUUUCUCCAAGCAGCUUUGUCAACCCAUUUGAACACCUCAGCGAAAAGGAAACAAAACGCAGCAUCCAGAGUUAUCUUGCCUACCUGAAAGAUGACACCCGCCUCAUUACUAACCCAGGUCUAAAGGAGAGUGUUCGCAAUGAUGUGGGUGCCAGCAGUAGAAUAAACAUGGAGUGGAUACGACGCUAUCAGACAAGCAGCCUUAGAGACUACAUUAUCAGAAGGUAUAUAGGAAUGCCAAGUGGCGUUUUGCGCAUGUUCCCUGGAACCUUACUGGACAAGACCUUUGAGCCCACCAAGAGAGCAUGGUACACCAAUGCUCUCAUGUACCCAGGUCAUGUGACAUUGUCAGCACCAUAUUUGGAUGUGGGUGGAGCUGGCUACAUUGUCACCAUUAGCCACACAAUAUUUGAGGGAAAGCCAGCAGCACUUCACAGCCCAUCAGACAAAGUGGUUGCAGUGAUGGGAAUGGAUAUAACACUGGGCUACUUCCACAAGCUCCUUGCUGAGCUAAUUCCCCCAUGUGAACAGACCUCUGUCAGGUGUUUUCUGAUGGAUGACAAGGGCUACCUGGUGGCACAUCCAGGACUGAUUGACCCUACAGGUAAAGGGCCCGCUGAGCAGCGGCACAUCACACACAUGGAGCCGCUGGUUGCCAAUGAUAUUCUCAACCAUCGCAACUUUGUCCGUAAGAGACUAUGCAACCGCUACAACGACAGGACUAUUCAGCGCUACUUUGAUUUCAACACAAGUUUCAGUGGUGUGCUAACAAACCUGGCUCAUGGAGAACACUGUGCUAGAUACCAGAUUACUCACAUCACAGGGACAAACGUCUUCCUUGGCAUUGUCAACCACACUUGUGAAACAGCCACAGCCUUUUGCCCUUGUAGCAUGUAUGAUCGUCUGUGCCUGAACUGCAAGCGUAUGGAGCAGACAGAGUGUGAAUGUCCCUGUGAGUGCCCUUUGGACAUGGACUUCUGCUCUGGGCAGCUUGUCGACAGUGAAGGCUCAAACCCCAGCUGUCCUCAUGACCCAGAGCGAGAGCAGUUGAUGGUGGUCAGCACAGAAGUGGCCUUGGAGCUUGAGCAGUGCUAUAAUCCCAAGUGUGAGACUCGCAAGAGCAAGCUAGACUGCCUUGGUGUAGUAGACUGUCAAUGGUGCCAGGUGCAAAAAGAUGGACACACACCACUGAAGACACCAUACUGCGCUACUCAACGUGCGUGUUUUGGUGGUGUGGUUGGAGCACAUUCACCAUAUGGUGACGAGAUAAGCGAUACUGGAGAAAUAGAAACGGUGGCCAUGAAAAGCACUCCUGUUGGACCAGUGGCUGGUGGCAUCAUGGGUUGUUUCUUACUUCUAGCUCUUGGUGUGUAUUGCUAUCGUCAUCAUGUGCAUCGCCAUGCACACCAGUAUGUCAGCACCCUGCCAGAUAACCCACAUCGAGGUUCACACUAUUACAAUGAUGAGGAACCUGAUGGCUUAGAUGACACUACAGCAGGUCAUACAAACUUUGUGCUGGCAUCAUUUGAAAAUCCUGCCAGCAUUUCUCCAUACCGCGUGAACACAUCAUACAGGCGUCCUGCUGGUGGUGACAGUGACCAUGGCUACAGCACCAUGACACCCCAUGAAGACUCAGAGCAUGCCAGUCUUCCAUGUCUCGACCCACUGUCUAUAGCAAAAGAUCGUUUCAAGCCCCCACCAUACACAGCUGUAGUCGUUCACCCACCAGUUCUGCCCCCUCCUCCUAGCUGCACCAGCCGUCGGAGUCGAAGUCCCACUCCACCACACACAAGGCUGUCGGCUUAUACACCUAUACCUGAGCAGACUUGCUUGUCCACGGACAUUUGCAGCCCUGUGCCUGGUGUCACAAGCAUCCGAUCCCCACAUAGCAUCCUUGCCAAUGUGCAGGUACACAUGGUAGACUCGCGCUGAUGGGGCAUCACAUGUUGGGAGAAAAUGUCUUACUCUGUAUGAGCAUAAAGCUCAGGUGCUUUGUGAACUGGGAGGUGUUUUCACGCAUGCUCGGACAUGUGCCAAGUAAGGGCUGAAGAACAAGACCAGCACGAAACUUCACCCAGUCGUGAGCACGCGGGUCUAGUUCCUAGAUUGAGGAGGUGUUUAUGUAAUCUUCUGCUAGCAGCCUGUUUCAGGCACGCUUGACCUCAGGGUAGUCCCACACAGAGCUGUAGAAAGUGUGACAAAAUACAAAAGAACACUUGUUUGCUUCCUGCACCACCUCUGAGACAACAGGAGGGGAUCUUGCUGCAGACCUUUUUUUUUUUAAACCUUAUCAGUGUUGAGUGUGAUUAUGUGAAGGGUCAUUAUCUUUUCCUUCAAAACUUCAUUUUCCAACCUGCAUCAAUAUCAAUUGUGCAUGGCAGGUGCUUGCACAGAUAAGGCAAGAGCUGGAAGACUGAAGACUGUACCCCCUGCAUUACCCUGUCAUUGAAGUGGACAGCAAAGUGGCACCUACCGUGUGGCUCAGUGACAGAGAGUAGGGUUUAGUGAUGGAGGCCACAGGAGUGAGGUGAACACCACCACAUGGAUGGAAGCAAGUCCAGGGUAUGGGGGUGGGGGAAAUCAUGGCUAUAAUCUCAGGGAUACUAUCAGGCACUUCUCCUCUCCCUUGGCCAGAUGAACAGUGAGAGGCUAAAGAAGGAGCUGGGCUGUGUAUCACCACGCAAGGGCAACCAAUCACAAAAUAUGCAGAAAGACUUGUCCUUAAGAAUCCAGCCUCUGUGCCAUGGCUAUUCUGGCAUUUAACAUAUCUCAGAUAGACUGUAUAGAACAUCCCACUUCACACAUCAUUGUUCACAUUGAACAGGUUCCUUGCUGAAACAUUGGCUGAACAUUAUUAAAAAUUAUGCCACUUCCUCUGAGAUGACAAGGGAACUGGCAGCAAAUCUGUAAAGUGAUUGUAGCAAAUGGUCAAGAUGUACACUUGCCUUAGGACAAGACACUGGCUGUUAACCCUACUUUCAGUCAAAACAUAGAACAAACAUAUUGUGGGCUAAGGUUGGCAAGUGCUGCUUGAACAGGUCUUGAUGUGUUUCAAGAAGUAUGUCUGAGUUGGGAAUGUUGUGAUAUACCAUGACCUAUGAGGCGAGUCAUGCAGAUUCAUCCCUUUAAUAUCAUGUUACAUUUUUAUACCAUAACUUUUGUUUUUUAAUUUGUUUCAAAGUUCCAGAUAAGCUGAACCAUUAAUGAGGAAUGUUUUGCAAGCAUGUUAGGCUGUGUCAUGCGCCGGGCAGACUGCUUUGUCACUUUGUACAAACUGAACUGUGAAGUGCUUUGGGAGGAGGUGCAUGGUGGAUGUGACAUUGACGCAGAUUUUUUCCCGCGUGGAUACCCCUCAUUAGUGAAACUAGUAGUGAUUUAGUUUUAAUCUUUUUUCUUCCUUCCUGUGAUCAUGAAUGUAGUUUUUUUUUUUUAUGUAAUUGUUAGUAAAAUAAACUCAUUCAAUGCACGGACAAAAAGAGACACAAUUGAACAUUUACAACAGUAGUAGUGGCAUGAAGUAUGCGUUGUUCCAAUAUUUACAGUUAUCAACCUACAAUAAAGAUUGACUCACUGUUUAAAGAGCAUUUUUGUAAACAUUUAUUUAAGCAAUAGUAUUUCCAAAAACUACAGUUCUCGUUUUCUGAAAUUCAAAUGAAAGAUGGUAAUCAUAUGGAACAGAGAGGUCCUAUCAGUUACAAGUCAGAAAUUUUUUUUUUUUUUAAAGUUUGCAAAAUACAACCAUGAAGUGCCACAGAAUGAAAUAUUUUAUUAAAUGUACUUAAAAUAUUACUUUUAGAUGGUCAUUUUCAACUGUAGUAGUAAAAAUCCAUGUCAAGUUGAGUAACCAGCAGCUAUCUCAAACAUGGCUCUUGACCAACUGACUCAUUGCCUGCUUUCAAAUAUAAAAAAUACCUAAAUAGUUGACUAUUUUGGUUAUGUUUUAUGAAGUAAUUUAUAGUAAAAUGAUCUCAGAAAAAGCCAACAGUUUCUUCCCUUGUAUAUUUACUUUUGCAUGAAGUUUUGGGGAGGCAAAUCGUACAGAAAAAGUUUAGAAAUAUCUCAGAGACACAUUGGAGAGUAAGUAGACUUUUUGUAAGGGGAGAACAAGAACACGGAUCAUCAUACACAUCUCUACAGGAUAAGAUUAUUUAUGCAGCUUGCGGUAUCUUUUUUGUGCAUUUACUCAACCUGUCUCUUGUAUGAAAAUGUUGUCUUAGACUCCAUGUAUGCAUGAAGUGUCUGGUUUGAUUUGUUUUUAUUGUCUGAGGCCAAUGGUGUGACCAUAAUAAAAACUGUCGUGUGUCUAACCAGGAAAGAAAUCUGUCUUCAUAGAAAUAACUUGCAGCGGCAUUAUACACAGGUAUGCAAGUGAAGUUGUAAAUAUGCAUAAUAGAUGGACCUCCUCCCUUCCCCAAAUCACUCUCCUUUCUUUUACUGCCCUCUCUCUUCUCUCCCCUUUUACCACCACCUCUAUCCAUUGGUCCUACAUUUUUUUUUUAUGGUCUAGCGCUUUUCAGAUAUGCAUUUAUUUAUUCAUUUUUUUAGUUUUUUUUUUUUAUUUCUCCUCGCAUUGCUGUUCAGUAUGAUGGUAUGUUUGGUGUUUCCAUUAUGAGAGUCAAGUGUUUUAAAGGUUAACCCCAAGUGCAGCAUUAGCUUGAAUGAAUUUACUUCAUUACAUUAUAUUGCAGAUUCUGGGCAAUGUCCUUUUCACAAGAAAGAAAGAACAAGAUACAAGCAUUUGAACACUAAAAUUCUCACCUGCAUUCUGGAACAAGGCCAAACCCUUAAUUCCUGCAUCACUCAAGUAGGCUCACUGUCAUGGGAUCACAUCAUUAACAUGCUGAAAACUCUCUCUAACAUCGCCACAUUUCCAAUUAGUCGGUUAACCUGUCAGCAACUGUUUCAUUUUUAACUUGGGAUAGCCUUUAAAUCACAAAGAUUUGGAUAAUGGUCUUGUAAAAGUGUGUGGCAGGUUGUUCACUCAUUAGAAACAAUUUAUUAGAUGGUGUUUUUGAAAAUUGCAGACGCUAUUCAUAAUCAUCUGUCCAAGGUGUGCAAGUUCUUGAGCAGUAUGUGGGUUGACUGUAUCAGAAGAAUGCCAGGAAUUUUGAUGUUAAACCUUGCCAUUGCAGUUGUUGUGUCUGCUUUUCAAUUCCUGAUAUAUCACAAUGGAAGCAUUUCAGUUUGUUUGGCCGGUAAACUUUGUCUUGUACAGAAGAUACUUCGUUUAUACUUGAUGACUAUAAUGCAGACUUCAUGUGUCAAUUCUUUUGCUUUGGCCUUUUUACUUGAGUGCACCGAUAAUUGUUAUAUGCCAAUUGACACUGUAUUUGGUUAUGUAUGGACACUCCCAUCCUCCAGUCUCUGUCUCUUAUAUGCAUGCACAUGCACACUCAACAAAAAUCGUGAUGUUAUCAUUACCAAAUUGCGAAAAAAAGGAUGUCUGCAUUUUAAAAUUUUGGAAGUAUUUUGAAGAUGUUUCCUGUUUGUAUUCAAGAGCAUUGUAUCUGAAGGGACCCACUGGCAGUUUUGUGGAAUGUACAAACUACAAACAAAGCAAAUCAGCAAGUCUUAAACACAUGUACUGACGGGUAUGCUUGCUGAUGAAAUUAUUGUUUGACCAAACUGAAUUUUGUUUUAAUCUGACAGUGACACAGAUUGCAUUGGUGGCUUACUUAUUCCAGUCUCAGGGCAAGGCAUUAUUCUGGAGCAGAAGCUAGUUUAAUGAAAACCCAAUAUUAUCAUCUUAAUUUGCUGUGUACUAUUACUGAUGCCUCUUGCUCUUUGUCAGUCCUACAUUCUCAGUUUGUCUUGGUUGAUUGGUUGGCUGCUUGGUCUCUUUUAGAGGUUCAUCGGUAUUUAGGAGCAUUUCAUUUCAGGUAUUACAUUUUAUCCCACGGGGAAUGGUUCUGUUUUUCAUUUCAUUGACCGUUGUCUUUGACAACACUAAUUGUUGAACCUGGGUUUCUGGAAUGGGUCUUUGAAGUAUCACAAACCUGUGCCUAGUUGCAUCUCUAAUGGUUUUACCUCCCUUCAAAUCUGAGCAUGCUUGUACUUUGGUUCAUUAGCUCAAGUAUUUGUAAGUAUCUUUGAGAAGUCAAAUGGGCAGAAGUCUCCAGAAGCAAGCAAAUUCCAGAAUUACUACUCGGUCCUCUCGGUCUCCUGUUGCUGGGGCUUUUUGGGGUUUUUUUUAAUGUUGAACUCCCUUCUAUUAACAUACUAAGAUUUCUGCAUGUCAUUUGGUUAACAUUGCCACAUCAUUGCUAUGAUGACCUUUACAGGAGCAUGUAAGUCGUCCAGGUCUGUGCUAGGGAUGUUAUGUUUGAUAGACCCACAGAGCUGAGUUGGCAGAUCCCUGCCUUGUCUCCAUUCAAAACUUGUAACCAUAUGCAAGUUAGUGCAGUACUGAUUUUGUACCAAUGUAUAGAUAUCACAUGUGGAGCUUUUAAACAAAUCUGUGUCGGAGCACCUGUAUCCAUAUUGGGUACCUCUUGCGUUUUAGACCUCUCGUCAGUUAUCUGCCCCCAGCUUGCAUGCAUGUGGAAUUUCAGGUGAUUCCACACCAGCCCCAUGUCUGGCUGUGCUAAGAGUAAAUGAACAAUAUGCUGCUAGUAGUGUAGAUGUAUGAUCCUUUGAAUUGUACAUAUUUGUCAGCCAACACUGUGAAGGAACUGGGAUAUUACGUAAUUGCAGGUGUGUCAUCUUACAGUCUGUUGCAUUUAUACGUCUGAUAGACUUUUGUCAAUGAUGAUUUGUAUAGAUGUAGCGAAGGUUGGAGAGGGGGAUAGUUUACAUUGGAAUGCUACAGUAAAAUAAAGGCUUGGUAGAUAAUUAUACCUCUGGCUAAAGAUAUAAAAAAAAUUGAAUUGUGAGCAGGCUCACAAAGUCUGCCUGUGAUCUGAACUAGACUGGCCUUGCUAGUGUCAAAUCCAUCUGUAUACAGUUGAUGUGUACCUUAGAACUCAACACACAUCAACAUAUUUUAUAAUAAAAACAAAUGUCAA